GGCAUGGUUUAAACUCCUCCAAACGGGUGUUAUAGCCUCAGUGCGGAACCCGUCCUGCGGUCCACAGUGUGGUCACAUGGUACUGAUUUAUGUCCAGCGGAGCAGGAAUCCAUGGUAACAGUCCAGACACCACCCUUCAGCUCCAACCCUGAAUGCUUCCCUGUAGUCGUUUUGUCUUUCCUUUUGUCCCUUUGCAGAGGGAAGGUGGAAUCUCUGUUCACUACCUCAGAGAAGACUGUGGACCUGGAGCCCUGCACUGGGUUUCAGAGGAAGCUGAUCUAUCAGACACUCAACUCCAAGUUCCCAAAGGGCCUUCAUGUUGAGACCUUGGAGACAGAGAAGAAAGAGCGUUACAUCCAGAUCAGCAAGGUGGACGACGAGGAGCGGAAGAGGAGAGAACGGCAGAAACAGGAGAGAGAACAGGAGGAGCUGAAUGACGCUGUGGAUUCUCCAGGGUCAUACACGCCAUCUCCAAAUCUGGAAAGUUGUGGUUGGCCACAACAUGCUGCUGGAGUCAUGCACACCAUCCAUCAGUUCUACUGCGUACUGCCAGAGGACCUGAAUGACUUUAAAGAAGUCACUCAGUGUGUCUUCCCAGAAAAUACAUUCUGCUGCGUUCAGGGUUUCGGUGGUCUUCCCCGG